AUGUCACGGGAGGCCACGGAGGCACCAGCAAUGCCGGAAGCAGGGCGUAAUAAGCCCAAGGCACGGUUGCUCCUGGGCACUGACAGGAAGAGGAGCCGCCUCAACAGGACAAGGCAGGACCUGUGGGACGACACUAGCUGGAGCAAUCACAGAUUGAGCAGAGUCACCUCUGCCCCUCGAGGGACCAGAGCUAGGGGGACAGCUCAUGGCAGGAGUGAGGCCAGCCCGGAGAACGCGGCACGGGAACGGACUCGGGUGAAGACACUGCGUCAGGCCUUUCUGGCGCUGCAGGCUGCUCUGCCUGCAGUACCACCUGACACCAAGCUUUCCAAGUUGGAUGUGCUAGUGCUGGCCACAAGCUACAUCGCCCACCUCACCCGAACCCUCGGCCAUGAGUUGCCUGGUCCUGCCUGGCCUCCCUUCCUGCGUGGGCUCCGUUACUUGCACCCUCUUAAGAAGUGGCCCAUGCGAUCUCGUCUCUAUGCAGGAGGCUUGGGAUGCUCUGGCCCGGAGUCCACCACAACUGAUUCCACCACAGCCAUCGCUACUGACCACAGAAGCAGGGAUGCACAGCUGGGGUCCCAGGUCUCCGUAGCCACAGAUACCCUCCUUGCCUCUCCAGUCUCUCCAGCCCUUGGUAACGAAUGACCACCACCACUCAUCCUGCUCUCUUAGACUGCGACUCCGCUUAAGGACCUGGAUUUUCUGCCCGCUCUGCCUGUCCUCCCCUUGACUCAGCCUUUGGGUUUGACUCAGGCUCAAGUUUCACGUUCAGGGUUGGCUUCCGGUAGGCAGAAGAAGCAGCAGUAAAGACAUCAGUGGUAGAGAGUUCCGAGGAAACCCAGGAUGGAGUUCAUGCUUGGCUCUUCUACGGUACUGACGGGAAGUGAAAGAGAAACCGUGUUUGACGUGGUUCAAAGUCAAGUUAGGGCAUCACAUCCCCUUCCCUAGGGCUCUUCAAGAAGAAUACAAGAAGACAGAAAUGGC